CUCGAAACAGAAAAAUUAGAGUAUCGUUGGAACUCGUUAAGGUUUGAUCUUAGCAAUCCAAGAUGGCUGUGACUACAUUCUCUCUUAAGAGGAAGAUUCUCUAUGGAAUCCUCAUGGCUCUGUCUAUUGGUCUCAUUGUGUCAGGCUGUAUCAUGCCGGUUUUAAUGGAUUCAAUGUACAAGAAAGUCAUCGAUUCGAUGAUGAUCCUAGAUGAAAGUUCAGUUGUGUUUGAAGAAUGGGCGCAUCCAACAUUACCAACGUUUUUAUCCUAUUACAUCGUGGAUAUUCAAAAUCCAGAAGAAUUCAAGAAUGGAGCAAAGCCUAUCAUCAAAGAUAAGGGACCAUACGUCUAUAAGAUGUUUGUAGAUCGGAAAAACCUGACAUUUCACGACAAUGGGACGUUGACCUUCAUGCCGCAGUAUAUAUAUUUCUUUGAUACUGAGAGAUCGGUCGGCCCAGAAACUGAUCGUGUUAUCACCCCAAAUCUAAUGUUGCUGGCUUCUGUGUUUGCUGGUCGUAAUGAUUCAAACGAGACUAAGAGUGAUAUGAAUACUUUUCUCAAUCUGAUUGGAGAAGAGGUGACCCUAAAUCUAACUAUCGGGGAGCUGAUGUGGGGCUACAGAAGACUGGGAUGGGGUCCUUUGAAGCGUUAUGUAUCGACUGGCGAGUUUUUGGUCCAUGAAAACGAGGAACGAGAGGAGUGGAUGAGACCCGGGUUUCUGUCGCCGUUCAACGCAACUCUGCUCUACCAGUACAAUGUUUUUGACGGCGAUGCCGAACAGAAACUUGUCAAUACGAUCGAUAAUUACUGGGGUAAACCAACGAUAGAUUGGUGGUGGUCAGAAGAGGCCAAUGCAAUCAGGGGAACAGAUGGGACCAUGUUUCAUCCUUAUGUGAAGAGAACCGAAGAACUUACCAUGUUUAAUCCUGAAUAUUGUAGGUCUCUGGAUUACGUUUACGAGAAGGACGUCCACUUCAGAGGUAUUCCGUUGAUGAGGUUCAAACUUGCCCCACACACGUGGUCUAAUGGCACUGUUUAUCCACCCAACGCGGGCUACUGCUCGGGUAAUCCUGAAUUGUGUGGCGUAUCGGGAUACAUGAGGCAAGAUCCAUGUCGUGAAGGUAGUCCAUCAAGUAUCUCGAAUCCACAUUUCUAUGAGGGGGACCCUUCACUAAUUAAUGCCGUAGAGGGCUUGAAUCCAAUCAAAGAACUUCAUGAACACAUUAUGGACAUUGAACCAUUAAUGGGAAUGCCAUAUGUUUUGAAAGUCAGACUGCAGAUUAACAUGCAAUCUACACAAGAUGAUUUAAUUGAUGCAGUGAAAAACAUUCGGGAAUUAACUCUACCUCUUGCAUGGUUUGAGCAGAGCGUAGAAGCAGACGACAAGAUUGUCGACGAUUACAAUACUGGAUUCGUCAUGACGGCUAAUAUCGGUAUCGCUAUGCAAUGGAUAUCGAUUUGUUCCGGGAUCAUAUUCUCCACCCUUAUCAUCAUUGACAGUGUCAAGCGGCGGUCUGCUAUAAAAAGGGCUCAUGAAAUAUCAGAAAAGGAUGAGAUAAAAGGUUCUGACGUUUAUAAAGAAAAUGACGACGUUGAAAAUCACAAGACACCGGUCACCUCAUCUCUCGAGUUAACCAAGACUGACUAUACUAAUCCAACAUUCAGCAAAUUGUCGUAACAGUGUAUGAAACUUCUAACCCAUAGUCACAUGUCCAAUGCACUGGGAGCGGUGUGGGGAGGGGGCAGGGGUGCUACCCCGAGCCAUAGCUUUACAAGCAAUAACAACUUGGAAAAAAAUUGAAAAGAAGAUGAGGUUUUGGUAUGAAUAGAGAGUUUCAACUUCAAAAUUUAUGUAACUCAUUAAAUUACCCCUCUCAUUUUCAUGGAGAAAAGGGGUUACUAGGCCACCCAUUUCAAUUGGAUACAGCAUUUUGCUACGCCUAUUGAAACACUUAUGACUUGUGAUUUUAACCGAAUAUACAAAUUGAUU